AUGAGAUGCUCCUCCUCUGUCGUUGACGGAGACAGAUCAGAAGAUGGCGACGGCAGAGGUGGAGAGGUUGAGAUCCGUGACGAGAAGACGUGGGCAAGCUUGAGCAGAGGUGGAGAAGAGAUGCGAUACAGAGAAGAAGAUGAGAGACACCACCGUGUAAGCAAUGUCCUCCGUACGAGUGAUCCACCGUUGGGUUCUGUCCCAACAAGAACAGACGAGAGCCAGUUUCUUCGUGGCGACGGUAACGGUAGAUUCGGGAGGUUCGGUGGAAAGUUUGUACCGGAGACAUUGAUCUCUCCCCUUAGAGAUCUCGAAGAUGAAUUUAAUUUUGUUUUAAACGAUCAUGAAUUUCAGGAGGAGCUUACCACAGCGUUAAGAGACUACGUAGGAAGAGAAACGCCGGUCUACUUCGCCGGACGUUUAACCGAACACUACAAGAACAUAUCUCAAACCACCGGAGGUGGACCCGAAAUAUACCUGAAAAGGGAAGAUCUUAGCCACUGUGGGUCCCAUAAAAUCAACAAUGCUCUCGGUCAAGCGAUGAUAGCCCGGCGGCUUGGUUGCAAGCGUGUGGUGGCAGCAACAGGAGCCGGUCAACAGGGGGUCGCCACGGCGGCUGCUUGUGCGAAGUUCUCCAUGGAGUGUACUGUUUUCAUGGGAACUGCUGAUAUAGAGAAACAAUCCUCUAAUGUACUUUCCAUGAAACUGCUUGGUGCUCAGGUGAAAUCAGUUGAAGGAACAUUUAAAGAUGCAAGUUCAGAGGCUAUUCGAAAUUGGGUUGGAAACCUGGAAACCACAUACUACUUAUCCGGGACGGUGGUAGGACCGCACCCGAGUCCGUUAAUGGUACGUGAGUUUCAAUCCGUGAUUGGGAAAGAGACAAGAAGACAAGCAAAACAACUAUGGGGUGGUAAACCUGAUGUGUUGGUGGCUUGUGUGGGGAGUGGCUCAAACGCAUUGGGAUUGUUCCAUGAGUUUCUUGGGGAUGAGGAUGUGCGACUAGUCGGGGUAGAGGCCGCGGGACUGGGUCUGGAUUCAGGGAAACAUUCAGCUACUUUGGCCGUUGGAGAUGUUGGUGUGUAUCAUGGCUCCAUGAGCUACUUAUUGCAAGAUGAUCAAGGACAGAUACUUAAACCACAUUCCAUAGGAGUAGGAUUAGAGUAUCCCGGAGUUGGACCAGAGAUUAGCUUUCUGAAAGAAAGCGGAAGAGCCGAGUUCUACACAGCAACAGGCCAAGAAGCCGUUCAAGCGUGCAUGUUAUUGAGCAGAUUGGAGGGAAUAAUCCCAGCUUUAGAAGCAUCUCACGCGCUGGCGUUCCUCGACAAACUUGUUCCUACUCUGCGCGAUGGUGCCAAAGUGGUCGUGAAUUGCAGUGGCCGUGGUGACAAAGAUCUAGACACUCUCAUUCAACGAGGCAUGCCUUCUUCUCUUUGUUGAUUCACCGAGAUGCCACAUUUCAACCUACCAGUUACCUAGUGUAAUUUUUAGAGGCUUUUUGAUAUCUAUCAAUUAUCGUCAAUUAGUAUCUUUAAGUAUUAAAAUUUGUUGUUACUAAUAAAAUAAAAUAAAUCUCUCUAUUGGAUAAAGACUUUCGUUCGAUUAACCUUUGAUUCUCUGAUAAUAUAAGAGAAGAAAGAGACGUUAUAAAAUUAUAAAAUAAAAUACAAGUAUUGAGAUGGAGUAAUUUGGCUUCCUUCAAUCUCUAUCUACAGAAAGUCUUCGGCUUUAAUUAUUGUUCAUACUUUUCAACAUGUUCGACUGAGUUGACUCGUGAAUCAUCACUUCUUUCAUUGUGUAAUCACCACAAUUCUUUCUGUGUUCCACACGAACAUGGCGACCUUCAAAGAGAAUGUGUUCUUCAUAUCUUCCUACGGAUUUUUUGUAAUAUUUUUGUCUCUCCAAGUUUCACAUGUUUCCUCUGCAGUUGACACAAUCUCCAUCAGUGAAUCUCUUUCAGGAGACCAGACCAUUGUAUUUGACGGUGAUGUUUUCUGAACUCGGCCUUUUCAGACCAGGUACUUCUUAUUACCACUAUAGAGGCAUGUGGUACAAACAGUUCUCUCCACGAACUAUAGUUUGGGUGGCAAAUCCACAAUCUCCUGCUCUAUACACGAUUUCUAUCUCCUUAAAAAUCUUGAACGGAAGACGCAGCUCGAGUGUCUCGUGCCGUUGAUAAGAAACCGUCGUGCAUUUGUUGACGCGAAUGAGAGUCCUAACGAAGAGAUGGUGAGUCCUAUCGGUGCAGCUUACGUGGAUUCUCUGUUCGCUUUGAAGCCUGUUGAGAGAGGCGGUGAGCUUAAAGAUGAAGAGAUUGUGACUUUAUGUUCGGAGAUUGUCUCGGCUGGUACGGACACUAGCGCUACUACGCUUGAGUGGGCGUUACUUCAUCUAGUGACCGACCAAAACAUACAAGAGAAGCUGUACGAGGAAGUUGUCGGAGCUGUGGGCAAAAACGGCGUCGUUGAAGAGGAUGACGUGACGAAAAUGCCUUACUUGGAAGCAAUAGUGAAAGAGACUCUCCGGAGACAUCCUCCGAGACAUUUUCUUCUCUCUCACGCCGCCGUUAAAGAUACGGAGCUUGGCGGGUAUGAUAUUCCGUCAGGGGCAUAUGUGGAAUUUUACACUGCUUGGGUUACUGAGAACCCGGAGAUUUGGUCGGAUCCGAGUGAGUUUCGACCCGAGAGGUUUUUACCAGGUGGAGACGGUGUUAAUGCUGACUGGACUGGAACACGUGGCGUGACAAUGUUGCCUUUUGGUGCGGGUCGUCGGAUCUGCCCGGCUUGGUCUUUAGGGAUUCUACACAUCAACUUGAUGCUUGCUAGGAUGAUCCAUUCGUUUAAAUGGAUCUCUGCUCCGGAUUCUCCACCCGACCCGACUGAAACUUACGCGUUUACCGUUGUGAUGAAGAAUUCGCUCAAAGCUCAGAUCAUAUCAAGGGAUUGAUGGAUAUAUUCGAACUGGAGCGGUCACGUCGGGUUUGUGAUAUGUUAUGCUUUUGUAUGCAUGUUUGGUCGCAUUGAUAUUAUCUAUUAAUAGAAUGCUUCGUUACUAU